CGGUUGUAUUUGACGAAUUAAACAUGAGCGGAAGAGGUAAAACUGGCGGUAAAGCCCGAGCAAAGGCUAAGACUCGCUCCUCCAGGGCGGGACUGCAGUUUCCCGUCGGCCGUGUUCACAGGCUUCUGCGCAAAGGAAACUACGCCCAGCGCGUCGGUGCCGGAGCUCCUGUUUAUCUGGCGGCUGUGCUCGAGUACCUCACCGCUGAGAUCCUGGAGUUGGCAGGAAACGCCGCUCGGGACAACAAGAAGACUCGUAUCAUCCCCCGUCACCUGCAGCUGGCGGUGCGUAAUGACGAGGAGCUCAACAAACUUCUGGGCCGAGUGACCAUCGCUCAAGGCGGCGUGCUGCCCAACAUCCAGGCUGUGCUGUUGCCCAAGAAGACCGAGAAACCCGCCAAAUCGAAGUAAACUCGAGUUUGUUAAAUGUAUAUCAAAAGGCUCUUUUAAGAGCCACCCAUUUUAUCUGGUAGAGAGUGCUUUUCUUUGUUAAUACUUUCAAACGCCAUAAAAACUAUUGAUUCAGGGAGAAAAAUGACCCAUCAAAGCAAGAGAACAUGAUUGCUCGAUAUCAUCGACGGUUAGUAAGUUAGGUGUGUUGAAAAUACAUGGUCUGCUGGGUAGUUAAAAUACAUGGAGUUUAACUCCUAGGUAGUUAAAAAUACAUGAUGGUCUCCUAAUGUGUGCUUGUGUCACCCAACCCAUUUCCAAGCUCUGAUAACAUAUUGAAUAUAUUAAUAAAUCAUCCAAAAAAAAAAAAGAAAUACACAUCUCAAUUUCAUGGUAAUGGAAUU